AUGGCGGCGCUGCUGAGGUGCGCGGGGCGCCUGCGGGCGCUGUGCCCGCGCCCCCUGCCCCCCGCGCGCGCCCCCGCGCCCGCCAGAAAUCCAGUGUGCCUCGCAAGAUUCCUUACAGUUGCACCUCAACAGGUGGGAAGAGUUAAAGAAGAACCAAAUUCAGAAAUUCAGAGCAGACGGGCAUGGCAGUUUGACUGGGCAUUAAAUAAAUUGGAUACCUCUGUCAGAAAAACUGGCCGCAUCCCUAAAACACUCCUAUUAAAAAUCUUCCAUGAAAUAUGCAGGGCAGGAUCCCCAGGGAGUAACCAGGCCUUGCUUCUGUUGCGAAGUUGUGGUGCUCUGUUACCAGAGGUGGUGUCAUCUGAGAGAACAGAGCUUGCCCAUAUGAUAUGGGACAAAAUGAAGGCGCUGGGUACUGUGUAUGAUACAAGCCAUUACAAUGCUUUACUUAAAGUCUACCUUCAGAAUGAGCAUAAGUUCUCUCCAACCGAAUUUUUGGCCAGAAUGGAAGAAGCAAAUGUGCAGCCCAAUCGAGUUACUUACCAGAGGUUGAUUGCUGCUUAUUGYAAUGAGGGUGACAUUGAAGGAGCCAGUAAGAUUCUUGGAUAUAUGAAGAAUAAAGAUCUCCCAAUCACUGAGGCGGUAUUCAGUAGCCUUGUGAAAGGUCAUGCAAGAGCAGGAGAUAUGAAGAGUGCAGAAAAUAUCCUGUCAGUCAUGAGGGUGGCUGGUGUUGAGCCUGGCCCAGACACCUAUUUAUCAUUGCUGAACGUAUAUGCUGAAAAGGGUGAUGCUGACAGCAUCAAAAAGACUCUAGAAGAGGUUGAGAAGACAGAAGGGUAUCUUAUGGAUAGGGUUUUGAUGCAGGUUAUUUUAAGCCUUGCCAAGGCUGGAUAUCCUCAGUAUAUCGAAGACAUUAAAGAGCGUAUCAAAUUUGAAAGAGAUUUAAUUCCAGAUGUAAUGAACCUGUGUUUGACUUUGAUAACUCAAGGCUUCGAAGAUAUAAGUUUCCGUAUUUUGAAGUCUCUUCAUCAUUUAUCACGUGAUAAUCUGGACCAGGGUAGCUUCUUCUUACAACACUGUGUAAAUAAAGAUAUGCCUAUAAGCAAGCUGAAACAUUACUGUAACGAGUUAAAAGAAGCAAAAAUGCACUCAGCACCUUUACCAUUUAUUUUGCGUUGUGCUUUGGAGACCAAGAGAGCAGAUAUGGCCAUUGACGUGAUGAAGAUCAUGAAAGAGGAAGGCCUUCCAGUCAGACCUCACUAUUCCUGGCCACUGCUUGUUGCAUACCACAAAGAGAAGAAUCUUCAAGGUAUCUAUAAGGUUCUCAAAGUGAUGCAUGAAUUGGGGGUGGAACUUGAUGCAGAAACUUACACGGACUAUGUUUUUAAAAAUUUUCCUGAUACUGAGACUGCCCGUACUCAGCUGCAGGAAAAUAACUGCCUGGUUGAAGGUGUUGGAUUCUGUACAGCAGAAAUAAGAUACGAAGCAGUCCGUGGAAAGCUGAAAAAUGUUCUUUCGCUGUUGUCUUCAUCAAGCACACCCUCUAUUGAAAUGCGUCAUUUUAGGAGCAGCCUCAUUUUGGGAUUUAGAAUCUCAGAUGAUGUAAAUCUUUGGAGCAAGAUAACAGAACUGUUGUACAAGGAUGAACGUUAUUGCCUGACGCCUCCAGGACCAACUGAAGCUGUUGGCUAUUUUCUUUAUCACUUGAUUGACAGCAUGAGUGACUCAGAGGUACAGGCCAAGGAGGAGCGUCUGAGACAAUACUUCCAUCAGCUGAAGAAGAUGAAUGUAGUUAUCCCUACAACCCACUACAGCGGCAUUUGCAGACUGCUGGACUCCUCUCAAGUUCCCGAUUUAAUUAAGGAUCUGAGGUUGCUACUUCCUCAUAGAAAAACAGAYGAUAACAUUCCAGAAAGUGCUAAAUCUGACGUGUCUGCUUUGGAGACGAAACUGGAAAAGCGAAAAGCUGAAAACCAGCCUAUUACAGAUGUCUUGAAACAACUCAUACAUGCUCUUUGUGAAGAAGAGAAUAUGCAAAAAGCCCUUGAAGUGAAAGCCAAAUAUGAACCGGACAUGGUUGUCGGUGGCUAUGCAGCCUUAAUAAAUUUGUGCUGUCGACAUGAUAAUGUAGAAGAAGCAAUGAACCUGAAAGAAAAAGUCUUCCCCAAGAAUUCACCUGUUGCUCUUGACGUGGGAAAGUAUCUAGCGCUGGUAGACGUCUUAGCAAAGCAUGGCAGAGUAGAAGAUGCUAUUAAUGUUCUAAAGGAGAUGAAAGAGAAGGAUGUUCCUAUCRCGGAGAGAACGGUGGCAUCCUUUUUCCGCGUCCUUAACGCGGCCGCCAUGCGGGGCGAAGUCGAAACGGUCAAUCGGCUGCACGACGCCAUCGUGAGCCUCGGCCUGGCUGAAACCGCCGUCCUCUAUUCCCCGCUGAUCACGGUUCACCUGGAGAAGGAUGACAUGCCUGCAGCUCUGGAAGCAUUAAUGGACUGUUACAAGAAGCAUGGUAAAAUCCUGCAGCUUCACAACAUCUACUGUAGGCUGAUAGAGAAAGGAGAUGCUGAUCUUCUGCAAAAGGUUUCAGAUUUUAUAAGCAGAGAAUAUGGUGACAUGAUGGCUCUUUAUGAUCUCUUCUUUGCCUUCUUGCAAACAGGAAAAUACAAAGAGGCCCGGAAGGUCAUUGAGACUCCAGGCUUGAGAGCACACUCGGGGAGGUUGCAGUGGUUUGCUAAGAAGUGCAUCUCAUCUAAUCAGAUGGAGAUUUUGGAAAACUUGGUAGAAUUAACUCAAAAUCUGUUUGAGUGUGAUAGAGAUGAAAUGUACUACUAUCUGCUUCAGUUGUGUGACAACAAUGGUGACUGGGAAAGGGCUGAAGCUAUUUGGACUAAAAUUCAAGAGGAAAAUGUUGUUCCUCGUGAGAAAACAUUAAUCUUAAUGGCUAAUAUACUUGAGAAAAAUGGUCAGGCUGUCCCAUUUGAGGUGCCUAAGCCUAGACAAGAAGGUUCUCUGAGUUCAAGUGCUGCUAAUUUGGAAGAAAGAAAUAUAAGGACGCUUUGCAAGAGAAAUAAUGCAACAGAGGCCUACAGUAUUUUCCAGGAAAUGAAAGAGAAGAAUGCGCUUAGCCGUCAUGCUUACAUCCUAUUAAUAAAAGCACUAUUGUCACAGGGUCUUAUUGAAGAAGCCAUGAAAGUGAAACRCACUGCUGAGACCCACAUCAAGGGCUUCACACUGAACAGUGCUGCCAGCAGCCUCCUCAUCAUAUCGCAAGUUAGGCGGGAUUAUUUGAAAGAUGCCAUGGCUGUUUUAAAAGGAAUGCUUGACAGCAGCCUGCUGCCUUCCAGAAUAGCUACUUCGAGGCUUUCUCAGGCUCUGGCAAUGAAGGGAGAUGUGAAGAACCUACAGGCACUUGAAGGCAUGGUGGAAGACAUCGCAAAAUCAAUUGAUUUAUCUCCCUCGCUAGUCAUGAAUUGCAUUGCACUGGCUCAUGCUAAGAACAAUGACCUCGAUGCUGCAUUGAAGUACAUUGAGCCUCUGCUUAUCUCCAGUGCACAGAAUCCUGAUCAACCSAACAGGAAUAUCUCCUAUUUGCUACGAAAGUUGUCUGAGGAAGGAUUAGAGCCAGCUUUGGAAAAAUUUGGUGCCAUGGCAGAGCGAUUAGCCAGUCAGUUUGGGGUUUACAGACCUGUCACAGACCUCUUCCUUCAGUAUGUGGACUCGGGUAGAGUGGAGGACGCCCGAUCACUACUAGAGAGGUGUGGUUCAUUAUUUGAGAAGAAAGCUUUAGGGAGUUUUAUGGCUAAAUCAUCAACUAAACCAGGACAGGCAAAGAAGAUAGAGACUCUUCUGGAGCUGGUUCCUGACCAUCUCGACCUGGCAGCUGCAUACCGCUACCUCAUAAGAUGUCACGAAUUGGAUGGAGAUGUUGCUUCUGUAAAGGCUGUGUAUGAGAAAACGAAAGAAAAGAAUAUAGAGCUUCACGAGCUCUCUCUGAAAACUAUAGCAACUUUCCUGAAAAAUGCAGGCGAAUCUGUCCCUUUCACUGAGCCCCCCGAGUCUUUCAGAUUCUAUGUGGAAAAAUUGAGGAAAAGCCAAGCUGAAGCAUCAUGAACAAAUGCUCUUUUAUUAUUUAGUU